AUGGAGGCCGGUGCCACCACGAAGACCAGCAUGGCCAGAGGUUGGCUUGUGAUGCUACUGCUGGCCGUGGGCUCGGCUGGCCACGCGGCUGGCCAGGCGUGCACGAGCACCUUCUUCUCGGCCCUGGUGCAGCUGAUACCGUGCAGGCCGGCUGUCGCACCCUUCAGUCCGGCCGCGCCGAGCGAAGCUUGCUGCAAUGCCGUGAAGACUUUGGGGCAGCCCUGCCUUUGCGAACUUGUCAACGGACCCCCCAUCACUGGUGUUGAUCGCUAUAUGGCCAUGCUGCUCCCCGGCAAAUGCACUGUCAACUUCCAGCCCUGCAGCUCCGGGGUCUAA